AUGGCGGAGAUUUCCAUCAGGAUCUGGGCACUAGAAGAGGAAUCGAAAUUGCUUCCGUCUCAAGUAGCCAGAGCCAAGGGCGCCAUAUUCCAAGGUGGGCAGGGAACUGAGUUUUGUGGCCAGCAGGAGGGUACAGGUGGGUGGGUACGGGGACUCGGUGCCCCGCUCACGGUGGCAUCUUGUGUGCUCACAGCCUUCAAGGCGGCAGUCCUGAUACAGAGGUGGUACCGGCGCUAUGUGGCCCAGCUGGAGAUGCGGCGGCGCUGCACCUGGAGCAUCUUCCAGUCCAUAGAGUAUGCCCGGCAGCAGGACCAGGGCCAGCUCCAUGAGUUCUUCAACUACCUCGUGGGUCAUUUCACCCCCAGCAGCCACCAUGAGAGCAACAUCCUAAGCUGCAUGCUGACUGAGCAGAUCCAUCCUCAGGACUUGGAGCUGGAGACCUGUGGUGACUACAAAGCCAUUGAGGUGCCUGCCAAUUACACUGGGCCACGCCUGUCCUUCCCGCUGCUUCCUGGCCACGCCACUGCCCUGGUAGAAGCUUUCAGGCUGAAACAACAGCUGCAUGCUCACUACGUCCUGCAUCUCCUGCAUGAGACCAGGAGGCACCUGGCGCAGCUGCCGAACAUCACCAGAGUGUCCAGCUGCUAUGGCAAGGAGCUCACAGUGUGUGGAGACUUACACGGCCAGUUGGAUGACUUAAUAUUCAUAUUCUAUAAGAACGGCCUCCCAUCACCAGAGCGGGCCUACGUGUUCAACGGGGACUUCGUGGACAGGGGCAAGGACUCGGUCGAGAUUCUGAUGGUCCUGUUCGCCUUUAUGCUGGUUUACCCGAGAGAGUUCCAUCUGAACCGAGGGAACCACGAGGACCACAUGGUGAACUUACGAUAUGGCUUCACCAAGGAAGUGAUGCAUAAAUAUAAAAUACAUGGAAAGACAAUAUUAAAAACACUUCAGGAUGUGUUCUGCUGGCUUCCGCUGGCCACGCUGGUUGAUGAGAAAGUCCUGAUUCUUCAUGGUGGAGUGUCGGACAGGACUGACCUGGAGCUUUUGGCUAAAUUAGACAGGCACAAGAUCCUCUCCACCAUGAGGUGCCCGAUGCCAAGGGAACCCAAGAGGCAGGUAGAGGUGCCCAGCAUGGCCAGUGCUGCACUGAGCCCUGCAAAGAGACGCACACCCUGGUUCCUGCCCCAGAGCUGCUCACUCCCCUCCUCACCGCUCCACUCCAGCUCAGACAGCAGGACCCACAGGGCUGGCCGGUCUUGCAGGGUCCCCUGCAGUGCCCCCUUGGCUCCCCUGGAGCUGUCCCGGCAGGUACGACGCUCUGUGGACUUGGAAGUAGAGCGGUGCCAGCAGCGAGCAGGCUUCCCUGGGGUCCAGGGGCAGGAGGAGUCCUUACCUUCAGCCUCUGAGGGGGACCUGGAUGCUGGAGAGCCACUGGGGCCCACCCAGGAAGAGUGGCAGCAGGUGGUGGACAUCCUGUGGAGUGACCCCAUGCCUCAGGAGGGCUGCAAGGCCAACUCUGUCCGUAGAGCGGGCUGCUAUUUUGGUCCUGAUGUGACAGAGCAGUUGCUGCAAAAAUACAACCUGCAGCUCCUGAUCCGGUCCCACGAAUGCAAACCCGAAGGCUAUGAAUUCUGCCACAACCGAAAGGUGCUAACCAUCUUUUCUGCCUCCAACUACUAUGAAGUUGGCAGUAACAGAGGGGCCUAUGUCAAACUGGGGCCAGCCCUGACCCUGCACAUUGUACAGUAUCAAGCCAACAAGGCGACCCACACGCUCACCAUGAGGCAAAGGAUCAGCAGAGUGGAGCAAUCUGCACUGAGAGCACUUCGGGAAAAGAUGUUUGCCCAUUCCUUGGACCUCCUCCGGGAAUUUAAAAAGCAUGACAAAGGCAAAGCUGGUAUGAUCAGCCUGAAUGACUGGGCGGUGGCCCUGGAGGCCGUGCUGCACUUGGGCCUGCCUUGGCGGGUGCUGAGGCCCCAGCUGGUGAGCAGCAGUGUGGGCAGCACCCUGGAGUACUCAGCCUGGCUGCAGGACUUGGCCAAGGACUGGCCCAGCCGAGAGAACAUACAAUCAAGUUUGCUGGAAACUCUGUACAGAAACCGAUCCAACCUGGAGACCAUUUUUAGGAUCAUCGACAGUGAUCAUUCAGGGUUCAUCUCCCUGGAUGAGCUCAGGCAGGCCUGGAAGCUGUUCAGCUUGCACAUGGGCAUCACUGGCACCGAUGACUGCAUCUGCAACCUGGCCCAGAGCAUCGACUUCAACAAGGAUGGCCGCAUCGACAUCAACGAGUUCCUGGAGGCCUUCCGCCUGGUGCAGCAGUCCUGCUCAGGGGACACAGCCUUUGGGCACAUGCAGGACAGCAGCUGCGGUGGCUCCAGUGAAUCCUGACAGUGCACGUCUGCUCUUGCGUCCCGGGCGAUGCCCAGAUUGCUGGGACUUGAGCAGGUAAACCUGCCAUCACAGUGCAUGAGGGUUGCCUUGCACUUGGGCUUGAAGGGGCAGAUGGUGCGUGCAUGUGUGUGUGUGUGUGUGCACACACGAGCAUACAUGUGUGUGCAUGUGUAUACAGGUACUUUUAGGUUUAUAGUGCCCCAUCCCCACCUCAGGUAUAAGUAUUUUUAAAUUCUGAAGUCUACUCCAGUUAGGAACUACUGAUAACCCAACCCCUUUAUUGUUUUCAUUUUAUACCAUUUUUGGAGGGGGAUAAGAAAGGACUUACAUUUCAUUGUUCUUUUACAUACAUUUUUCUUUAAAACUCUAAGAUGAACAUUUUAUUAAUGUAAUAUGAAAUGAUUUAAUUAUGUGAUAAACUUAAUAAGACUGACAUUCAGUGGAGAACAAUAAAUUUACCUUCAUUAAUCAGAAA